UCCAUCAUCUUUUCUUCUCUAAACUUUUUUUUAAUAUACCAAUGUUGCGUUCACCAAAAUUUGUAUGGGCAACAUGCUUAGCAGCACUCAUAUUAACAACGUCGCUUGUAUUUUAUACAUCUACACAGUCUAUGAGUAUUCAAUUACGAUUUAGUAUUACCCCUACCACUUCAAAUGUUGCGACCACAACAGACAAGGAAGAAAAGUUCAUCACGUUUUUACCUCAUUCUGGCCUUCAUAAUCAACGUAUUGGUCUUAUCAAUGCAAUGAUCCUUGCCAAGACACUUGAUCGUACAUUGAUUCUGCCAGCAAUCAAUGUAGGAAGCGCCAUCUCAUGGAAGCCUACACCACUGUCUGAGUUCCGUCUUAGUGAAUGUCCUUCUAUCAAGCAACGUAGUAAUCCAAAGUGUAGAGACUUUAAAAAGUAUGUUCCUAUCUCUGUCGAAACCAUCUUUGAUCUCUCUGCUGCGCAUUCCGUUGGUAUCCGCACUGUCCAAAGAUUAAACAUGUCACCUAGCUAUUACAAUGACGUUUAUGGCUGGAAUGAACAAGACAUCUACCGCAUUGAUGAUAAUGAUCGUUAUUCGUAUCGUAUUUACGAUACUCCCGAUAACCAAGAUUCCAUCAGAACAUUUCGUUAUCGUAUCAAUAUGGAUGACCUUCAGCAACGUGACGAAAAAAUCAUUGUCUUUGGUUCGUUACACUACACAUUACGUUUGGCGAUGCAAGAUCCCAAAAUGGUUUGGCUGGCAAAAUUUCUGCGGGAGGAAACAAGCAUCUCGCAUCCUACCGUCAUUAAACAGGCCUUAUCCGUACUUCCUCUUUUAGGUGGUCCUGAGAAGUUCGUGGGUGUUCACUUGCGCCAAGGCGAUGGUUUCUUCAAGAAAUUAAUGGAUGAAACUUUAAAUACUUUGCGAGCCACUUUGGAACAAUCCACAUUGAAACCUGAAUUAUCUACCAUGGAUCAACAGCAAUUGAUGGCCGCUUCCGUCAUGACCAGACCUCUAAGCUCCGAUGAAGAAGAUAUGAUUGAUAUGUUGAAGGAAGUAGGAGAGUCAAGUCCCGAGACCGUUAUCCCAUUACUCAACAAGUGCGUGCAGCUACAUAGUGAGGAUAACCAUCCUCGAUUACGUCUUAUCUUUAUGGCAACAGACACUCGUCAGCCUCGUACAACACUAAAAGAACUCUAUGACGAAUUUCCCUGCAUUUUUACACUUUCCGACUUUCCUGGUGUCAUUGAAAGCACACUAACAAUGGGCCCAAUGUUGACUGGUGACAAGGACCUUGACGAGGAAGCUACCCGACUGGGCUCAAGCAUCGCUUCUCUCUUAAUACCCAUGAUUGAUGCUGAAAUCGCUUCUCACGGCUCCAGUUUUAUCGGAACAAGAAAGAGUACAUUCUCUCAAUACAUCAAUCAUAGAUUCAACAGAUUCCAAACCUUGUACCAUACAACCUCAUAGAAAAAAAAGACCAAAAAAAAAAAAAAAACCUAUUUUUAUACAUUUCAACUUCCAUAUAUAUACCUGUACAUUUUUCUCUCUCCCAUUUAUUUUUAUUUUUUUCUUAAUCCCCGCUUUAAACCAUACAUCGCAAGGCAUUUUAGUGCGGUAUCACCCUUUUUAUAUAAUUGAUAGGCCAUGUUUCCUAUUAAGUCAUUCUUUUUAUAAAUAAAAAACUUUUUGAAACACCAGCCCAAA